CAUCUCCUAAGAUGGAUGAAAAAUCAUACUCGAACACUCUAACAAAAUAGGAGUAGAACCAUCGCGAAGAUUCAGGCAAGGAUCAACCUGGGGCGGAAUUCGAAUCGAAAACGAAAUUCGAUCAUCGAAUACGAUCACUCGUAGGUGUAUACAUAGGUAUGGGCACGAUAUAUUCGUGUGAUGAGGAGAGAUCGCGAGUCCUAGAUGAUUGCAAAAUAUAUAAUAUAUAUAUAUAAACUAUACCAAAUCUAUAGCGGCAGCGCUUUUGUUUCGGAACUAUAAUACACAGAGUCAUCUGCACGCUCGCUCGGCGGCGAAAUGGGAUCCCAGAUAUAGUGGUGCGAUUUAUAACGUUCGCCGCGAUUCGUUAGAUCCUAAAUGGAACGGAUUAGAAAUUUUCAAGCACAUAGCUAACGGCUGCAUGAGGUUAUAAGAUACGCAGACAUUUCUGCCGGUGGUUUUGUGCACUGGUGUUGGUGCAGCUAUAUAAUAUAAUCCGCUAGAACGGAAGACAGGCGAAACGGAGUGUUUUCUGUAACGGUCUUUCUUCUCUCGGGAUCCGAAGGCCGACCUUGACUCGCUUUCAGUUCCUCUUCGAACCUGGAGCACCGCUAUCUCGAGUUUCUCGAUUUUUCAUAUUACACCUAUGACGUGCCUAUUUCUUUUCUACGUACACAGUCGCCAUUUCAUACAAAGCCCAUUGUCUACCGAGGUUCGAUUAUAUUCGCAUCGAUUAGACGCGUGACUUACACAUUUGCAUGUUGGGAUGGUUCGCCAUUUCUUUUUUUUUUUGCUACCUCUCAAUCUUUCUUCGCGUAGGCGAAAAAUGAAAGACUUCGCUCGAUUCGUGUGCAGAGAAAUUUUCAUCGCGCCACUGAAAAGUCGCACAUAACUAUAACGUCGUACAUACCGUACAUACAUACGUAUAUAUACCUUGUAACGAACACACACACGUGCAACGUUGGUAAUUCAAUGUGCAGAUAUCGCUGAUGCAACGACCUCCUAUCUAUAAUAUCGCAUCUGAAACGAUGACUCAAUAGAAAUAAUGUAAGAAAAGGUCUCACGGAACUUAUAAUCCAGUUGUCUGUUGCAUAUCGCGCUACGCGUCGCGCGUUCUUUUCGUCUUGAAAAUCUGAAAGCUUUCAAAAAUUCUGGUAUCGCGUGUCGUAAAUUGAAUCGGAGAUGAUAUUCGGGCUUAACUUACGCUCGGUUCUUACGAACACCGUGAAAUUUUUUUAGUCGUAUAACUCAUAAAAAAAAUUGGCCAAAUAUACGAAGUUGACUACGUCUAUUUCGGAUUACAAAUGACGGGCUCGUUUGUAUGUAAAACAUCUUGAUAAAGUUCAGUCACCGAUUCGAAUGACGUCAAGGCUUAUCGAGCUAGAAAACUGACGAAAAUCAUUUGAAAAUUCGCAUCUCGUACGAUCGAGUGCGAUCGAUAACGAGAAAUGAGAACGUGUAGCGGGUAGAAUUCGUAAAAAAAAAAAUAAAAUAAAAUAAAUAUCCGCGUCGUUUGCGUCGCGAAAAUUGGGAAAGUUAAUUGGCGUAAUGAAAGUAGGAGAUGUGAUUGAAAUUGAAUCAAUAUCGCGCUUGAUUUGAACGUACGUACUUUGAAAUUUGUGUACGAUAGAAAACCGAGUUAAUUCAGAUUACCAGUAUUUUCGUUUCGUACGUCAGUCGCUUUGGCUGAUGGCGUCGCUACGCUCGAUUCCGAAGCGUCGCGGGAACCUUCAUACUGCUUGCGGCUACGGAGAACCGCGCAUGGCGAACGUAGAAUAAUGUCCAAAGUUUCGGUGUUGAAAUAAUCGAUAUAGGGUCAUUUUAAACCCGUGAAAAUAGCCGAAAAGUGCAAAAAGUGUGGAUUAAGUAAAACUCGGAAUUAUGAACUAUAAUUCGCGAAUUUUAAUCGUGUGAAACUAAAGAAAAGAAGGGAUCUUCACCGAGCGACUUCGCGUCCUAAGAGUGAAACGGAACCGGUGUGCGGUGUCAAUAACAUUCGUAAAAAUAAAAAGAGUGGGGAUUCGGUGAAUUAUCAUUGGCUCUUAUCGGUUACUGUUGUAGGACAGUUUCGUAGUUUUAUUACAGUGCAAUAGAAACAGCUGACUUUCGAUUAAAUUUCAAGUAUAUCGCCAUUUUUUUCUUUCCAAAAAGAUCUCUUCGGAGUGUCUAUUUCAGAUGUUGAAUUACCGGUUAUCCUUUAAAGAAGAAAAUGCAGCUGGGAUUUUAAGACUGACGAUUAAAAAUUGUACAUUUGAUAUGAAGUCUUAGCUGUUUUUCUUUUCUUUAAAAGAAAAAAAAAAAAAAAACGUACUGCAAUUUUGCCACCUCUUAAAAUUUCUGCCGCCGAAGACGAAGGUGCGGAACCGGAGGACCUUGACCAGCGAAUCUCUUCGGAUCACUAGAAUUGCCGACGAUUCGAUUGAUAUGAAGAGGGAAACUUAGCCAAUCAGGACCCCCCACCCGAGUGGCACGUUUCUCAGCCGAUGCAGCAGCAGCAGCAGCGAGCGAGCGAGCGAGCGAGCGAGCAAGCAACUUGUAGAGCGCAGCGAGUACGGCAGGAUAAUAGCUAGGCCGUAGCUAUUGUGCGAAGAAUGCGGAGCCUCGAAAGGUUAUCUGGCAGCGACCAAGACUGCGCUGACCAGGAGAUGUACAUCGACCUGGAUGACGCCUCCGUAGACUCGCUCACCGGAAAACGAAGUCGGCAUCAUGUCGUCUCCGCAGAGGUGGGCGAGGAAAGUGACAGCAGUGGUAGCGAAAGAAGUCCUAAGCAGGCAAAAAGGCGGAACCGAGGGGCACCGCCGACGACGAGAAGACGUAAAAGUGGAAUAUCCGCGAGAGAACGCAACCUUCGGAGGCUCGAAAGCAACGAGAGGGAACGAAUGAGGAUGCACUCGCUCAAUGACGCCUUCGAGCAACUACGAGAAGUUAUACCUCACGUUAAAAUGGAAAGGAAGCUGAGCAAAAUCGAAACGUUAACGUUAGCCAAGAAUUAUAUAAUGGCACUGACCAACGUUAUAUGCGAGAUGCGAGGGGAGGAACAGCCUUACACAUUCGUGGACGGUGAAUGCGGUUCGAACAGCGGCGACAGUACGGGGCAGCACGAAUUAAGCGGUGGCGAACAACCGGAAGAAGCUUCUCCAGCGUCGAUGCACGAAACGAAUAACAAUAGUUUACUUCAUGAGGAUUUGGAGCGUCGAAUACCAUAAUUUUCGAAAAAUUUUAGUGGGCGCAGAGGGUCGAGGAUUGCCCGGAAAUAAAUUUAACUUAAUUUCACUGAAACCCACGGGAUUUCGCGAGAAAAAUAAACAUGGAAAUUUACGAAAAAGUAUAAUAUAUAGCUAAAAAACAAACGUAUAUAAACACUGCUUAAAACAAAUUUAUCGACAUAGAUGUAUACACAUAUGUAAAUCAUAUUGUAUAUACCAGCGCGAUCUGCACGACAGCAGAAAAUGUAAAUCUUUAUAUAUAUAUAUACAUAAUAUUAUAUUAUAAAUCGAAAUCCCUAUGCAUAAAUUCGCAUAAAUAAUUUUGCCGAAACUGUAUAGGAAAGUUACGCGAAAGUAUCAUCACAUGAUAACGAUAAUAAUAUUAUUGAUAAUAAAAUAUUGAAGGUAACAAUAACAACAAUAAUAAUAAUAAUCAAUAAGCAUCUAACCAUGAUGAUCUAACUAAUAAUCACAACGAUAUGAUAUAACUCUGAGAUAUUGUACUCGGAAUUCGGUUACCCACGAUGUAAAAAAUAUAUACAAUUAUUAUUGUGCGCGUAUACAUAUGUUAAAAAUAAGAAGAAAAAAAAUAUAAGAAAAUCAUAUUUGCAAGAUAAGCACACAUAUUAUAUACAUGUACAGAACAUAUUUGUGACUGUGCGAGAUUGGACGAUGUAUUGUAUGUUGUUCGUUAAUAUUGUUUGUAUUCUUUAUUUUUCUUUUCUGGUUUUUAAUUUUCUGAUCAUGAACAUGUAAUCCGCAAAUCAAUUUUUCUCAUAAAUUGGCAAACGUACGUGAUUUAAUUACCUACGACCAUGAGGAAAGGAAGGUUUUAUUUGUUAUAAAAAAUGAUGAUAAACUGUGAUAGUUGUUUUUCUGGUUUUUUUGUUCGUUAACGAUUCGGUUCAAAAAUAAACAGACAGGGGAAAAGAAAAUCGAAGACCGGAUGUGAAAAAACUGUGUGAAACAAUCAAAAUUUGAAAGAAGAAAAUUUAAUUAAAAAUAGAAAAGAAAUGGUGUAAAUUGAGUGUCGAACUUUACAAAAGUCCGUGGUUAAUAUGUGAUUAACUUUUAUUUAAAGAAAUGAACUAAGGACACGGGAAAGUGAUGUAAAAUUUACGUUUUUUUUUUCAACGCUACGAACAACAAGUGAACGUGAUAAACUCGAUUUAAAUUGAACAAAGACGUGCAGCGUGUUAUGACGAAUCUACCGUCCACUAUAUUAAACAAAAUGAAUAUCUAAGACUGUAGAUUUUAUAUUGUAGUGAUGGAUUCGAGAGAUUAUCAACAAAUUUUAUAAUUACAACACGCGUAAAGUCCAAGAAAGUUACCAAAUACAUGUGUUACAAAAACGAGUUACCAUAUAUUGCGGUUGAAAUAAAAGUAAAAGAGAAAAUUUUUUUUCAAAUGAAAAAUAUAUUAACGAGCAAGUUUUGCCAAAAACAUCUUUACACACGACAAUAUUAAACGCAGUUCACAUGCCGAUCAGUUCUAUGUCGGUUAAAUAAAAAUUAAAGUGAGUUGAAUACGCUAAAUGAAUAAGAACAAGAAAAGAGUAAAUUGAAUUAAAAGAACUGAAGACCUCGCAAAGUGCAGCGAUCGGACAAUGAAUGAAAGUAUUGCCUGUACGUAAUACCCAUGAACCGACUGAGGAAUUACCCUCUGUAGCAAAAAUUUUCGAAAUUGUUUGUAUUCGACAUCAAUCCAGAAGAGUUUGAAGAUUUUCCACCAGCUCAGGCCAAUAGGUGUGGGAUAUUUUACAUGAAAAUAUAUUGUAAAGAGAAGAAAUCUAACCGGGAUUUUCACUAUACCUUAUGAUUUUUGUGUAUGCUAAAAAUCUCCCCAAAUUUCGCGAUUUCAUUUUUUCAACUUGGUAUGGUAACGAAAACGUUCCGUCUGAAGUAUUACAUAAAUAUAGGAGAAGGCGAGGCCACGAGAAAAAAAAAUUUUCAUCCAGAAUGAUGUUUGAAGUCCUCUUUGAUCAUUUUUAAAAAAUUUUUCACAAAAUUUUUGUAGUACGUCAUUUUGCCCCGCUACUCCGUUGUGCCUCGCCUUCCUCUACACAUAAUUAUACCAAGUAUAUUACAAGAAAAGAAAACUUGAAGAGUACAUUUCUAAUUCCGAUUUAGCCGGCAGCUAUAUUAGACACUGUCAGUAAAGGGUCUCUACUAGACACAGCAGCGGAAUAAAACGAAUCAAACGACAGAGGCUUAUCGAAUUAUCAAUUUGUACAUCAAGUGUUUUCAAAUGGUACAUGAGAUACUAUAUAUAUUAUAACCAACUAUUACCAACGUUGUGCUCGAAGAACGUGUCUUAAUAUUGCCUGCUCUCCCCGUAAACAUAUAUUUGCAUAAUUAUAUAUACAUAUGAUGAAUGUAGGGCAAAAUAAUCUUCCUAAAUGUAUAACACAUGUUUAGUACAAUCUAUAAUUACAUCCAUAUAGAUUAAUAUCCGUUUGAAACGUAUAAGUCGCCACGCAAGCCACGAAUUCCCAUAAGAUUGUGUAUGGUCGCGAUUUUAGUCAUUUUGAUUCCCGUUUCCAUUUAUUCUUUUCUUCUUUUGAUUUUAAGCCUUUCGUUUUUUUAUUUUUUAUUUAUAAUUGUAUGAGCCAACUAUCGUUAACAUUCAUUUGUCUUCCAAUCAUACUAAACACAAUAAAUAAAUAUUAAUACAUGUUGUUGUGUAGUGUAGAUUAAACCGCGUUUGUGAUGUUAAAAUUCACGCAUUCCAAAUAAAAAUUCCAAGCACAUUUAAGCAUUUCAACCGCGAAAAAAGGGUAUCAGUUCUUACUCAGAGGUCAGGCAGUGAGCGAUGAUCACUGCAGCAGACAGAAAACACAUGAAAAAUGUAACGAUAUACAUUAAACAUUUGCUUGAAAUUCUAAA